AAAUUUAACCUCGAUGUGAUGAACAUGACCAUGUGAUAGUGGCUACCAAUCAAAAAAAAGGGCGCGAAUGUACGAGAUAAAACUCUUGUUCUCCAUGAAUGCUUUCUCUCACGUAGUCCAACUCUUUGCAUUGCAAUAGUCAAGUGAGCUCUUUAGCGUUUUCAAAAAGAUGGCAAGUUUCCCGAAGUCUGUGGACGAGGUUAAGCAGUGGAUGAUACAAAAUGGGUUUUCGUCCCACGCUUCUACCUUUGAAGAGAACGAAAUCGAUGGCGAAGCAAUGCAAUGCUUAACGGAGAAUGCGUUAGUGCAACUGAUACCUGUGGUCGGCCCUAGAAUGAAGUUUAUCAAGCAACUUGAAUCUUUGAAAAAAACCUCCAGGCCCGAGAGUAUUGAUGUAGUUGAAGAGGGUACCCCAAUUGCCAAUGAAGAAAUGGAAGUACAAGACAGAAUUCCAGCUGAUACAGAAGUAAAAGCAAGAAAGAGGCUGGAAUUUGAUAACAAAGUUAGCAGUCCCUGCCCUGAUGACAAUAUAGUGCUAAAUGCAAAAAUGCUUUGGCCAAGAGUGUUAACACUUCCAACCAGUUUCCGACUGGAUGUUACUAGAACACUGGCAAGCAAGGAGAAGCAGAACAUCAAUAAGAAGUUUAGAAGAGAGUUCAUAGGCUCAAUAUACGAUCAUUUUGCCCGCUACACUUUGUAUCCCACCAAACAUCAACUCACAUCUAUUUGUGAACUAAUAGUCCAGAAAUAUCCCUUCCUGAAAGAUACCUCAAUUGGUACUGGAUAUGAUUCCUGGUACGCUAGUCUAUACGAAAAGUUCCGUAAUGAGAGAAAGUCUAUUAAAGAUGACCCGGAAGUAAUCCUCAGGAAAAGAAAGCCCAAAGAGAGUUCCAAAGAGUGUGUGAAAGCUAAGCUUCGCAGAGGAGCCAUAAACUGGGAGCCACCCUUUCCAGAGGGUGAGGAUGAGGUGUCUCUACAACGACAUAAAGAUUUUAUGAAGAGUGAAUUUGAAAAAAGGUCUCCAGAUUGGGCAAAGAUAAGCAAACGAAUGGCACUGACUUUCCCCAGCAGACGGAGACUAAUGAAUGACAAUAUGAGCAUCAAGGAAAUAAAAGAACACUACCCUACUCUAUUUAAGUUUGAACAGAUACUGGCUGAAUUUGAAAGAAUUUUGGGUCUAAAUUCAAGUGUGGUGGAUUCAUUCAGGUCUAAUUUUCAGCAAGUCACUGACCCGAUUGUAAAACUAGGAAAGACAAAAAAUAAGAGUAAAUCAAAAGAAGAAAUCCAAACGUUCCUGCACCUCCUGGAGGAUGAUGAUAAUGACAUGAACGAAGAUGAAUCAGAACCAACAAUUGAGGAACAAGCUGAAGUGGCCAUGGCAGUACUGCCAUACCUUCUUCUGCCAAAGUCUGGCCUUAUUUCAACAGAUGACUUUGUCCAUUUCGUAUUUGAAGAUGAAGAUAUUGAUGAGAUCGUGAAGAUUUCCAACAAGCCUUUUCCAAGAAUUGUAUUUAAAGGGCAGCUAAGUUCCCCCGACGCUAUCUAUAUAAUAGCAGAUCAGCAAGUGCUAUGCAGCUCAACAAACACCACUCUGUUGGAGGCCACAGUCUGUUUGAUGGCAUGUUACUAUGUGUUCCUUUAUGACUAUCCAAGUGGCCUCAAUAACUUCUAUUUGUACUUGCAAAAGUGCAUAUUGCAACUUCAGGAUGGGAAGAAGCUACCAUCCACAGUAAUUAAUUUUGUAAAUGACAUUGAUGCUAUGUCAAAGAUCUGAAAAUGUGAUUUUAUAAUUACUUCAAUUGAAUGAUAACUUAAUUAUACUUCAUGUGUGGUUGAUAUUCAACCAAUUGCAUAUACCUGUACACAAUAUAUUGAUUUAUUUCGUAAAUUAUUGGGCAAAUGAAAUCUAGGGAGUGAAUUACAAUAAAUGGUCCAAAGCUAUUUGAAAAAGUACUGUUCCCUUGUAGGGCAUAUUGUUCAGAUGGAUUAGGGGUAUUAAUGAAAUGGUAUACCUGCAUCAAAGGAAUUGCACUUAUUUAAAGAUGGCUCUAGACUAUGUAUGGUAAUUUACUCUGUAGAUUUCAAUUGCUUGAUAGUGAUUUGUAAAAUAUAUUAAAAUAUUGCUUACAGUGUAUUUUGCCCUUGUUUGAAUGCCUGCAUCAUGUGAUCAAUGUUUAGAUUAUCAUUCAAUCUUUUUUUUCAAAACCUAUUACAGCUUAUCCAAAAUUAAAGAUUAUUUAUGAUUAUUUGAGUGCUCACACUAAAUUCGUGUGAUUCAGUAUUCCCUUAAAUACAUUUCAUUGCAUGCACUCUUUAAAUUAAGGAUUUCUUAAAAAUUGUUACUAUUUAUUGCUAAAUAAUGUUAGACCAUUUUACAUUCAUGGAAGA